AUGUCCGCCGAAGCGACCGCCGCAUUGGCAUCGGCGCCUGUGCCUGAGUCCUCGUCGCCGCUGCCGAUGCUCCACAGCGACGACAUCUGCCUCCCGCUGCACACCGAGCAUGAGUAUGAGUCCGAUCAUCACUACUUUGACAUGCAACCCGAGCCUGCACUCGACAUUGACGUCGCAAGCGAACCCUCCUCCCACGGUCAUGAUGCAUCACCACCCCACGAUGCACUCAAGCACGAUGCACUCAAGCCUACCGGCCUCCACUCCCCGCCCGACAGCAACAGCGCAAUGAAGCUAGAUGGGAGCGACUCCGAACUUAGCGAUGUCGAAGAUCCUACCAUUGAUGUUGAUCAGCCGCCGACCACCCAACCCCAGCCCCAGCCCGAGCCCGCUGCCCAUGAAGAGGACGAGGACAUCGGCGAGGUCGUCCCAGACCACUGGUCUGGCACGGUUCCAGUCUUCAAGCCAAGCAUGCACCAGUUCAAGGACUUUAAGAAAUUCAUGACCAAGCUUGACCCUUAUGGUAUGAAGUCUGGCAUCCUCAAAAUCAUGCCCCCGCAAGAAUGGAAAGACCAGCAACCCGCUUUGGAUCAGCUGGUGAAGCAGGUCAGAGUCAAGGAACCUAUCAAGCAAGACAUUAUGGGUUCCAACGGUACCUACCGGCAACUCAACGUCCUCCAUCAACGAUCCUACAACCUACCGCAGUGGCGUCAACUCUGCGACCAGAGCGAGCAUCAGCCCCCCGCGAGGCGAGGAGAAAGGCGUGCGCAGGCCCCCCCGAAGCCAAAAAUUUCCGCAACAACUUCUACCGCUGCCAAAAAACGUGCCAAUGCUGCAGGAGGAGGGGGACGGACUACGAGAAGCAAGGGCAAAAGAGGGGCAGCCAAGGACGCGGAUCAAGAGGAGCGUCCCAUGACUCCUGUCUCUCCGAGGCCGAGCGAAGCUCUUGUUGACUCUGUGGAGCAAGACCCAGGCGCCGAGCCUGACGAGGAUGACGAGGUUCGCCCCGUGGGUCGUAUGGGCGGUUCGAGACAAGCCAAACCCAAGAUGCAGAGUGUCUCAGCUCGGCGGAAAUACGCAAGACGCGAAGGGUCUGCCAAGAUUGACGAGGAAGCGUUCCGGGACUUUGAUUAUCGUAUGGAUAUAUCGGACUAUACUCCAGAGAGAUGUGAGGAGCUCGAGCGAAUAUACUGGAAAACCCUGACAUACGCCCCGCCCCUAUAUGGCGCAGAUGUUUUGGGGACCCUUUUCGACGACUCGACUGACUGCUGGAACCUCAAUGCGCUUCCCAACCUGCUUGAUGUCCUCGGCACCAAGAUCCCCGGUGUCAACACAGCAUAUCUCUACCUGGGCAUGUGGAAGGCAACUUUCGCGUGGCAUCUUGAAGAUGUGGAUUUAUACAGUAUCAACUACCUCCAUUUUGGAGCUCCCAAACAGUGGUACAGUAUCUCUCAGGGCGAUGCGCGUCGGUUCGAGGCAGCCAUGAAGAGCAUUUGGCCCGCGGAUGCCAAGGCCUGCGACCAGUUCCUGCGUCACAAAGCCUUCCUGAUAUCCCCGAAUCACCUGCUGCAGUACUUCAACAUCAAGGUCAACAAGGUCGUCUCGUAUCCUGGAGAAUUCGUUGUGACCUACCCUUACGGCUACCACUCAGGGUACAACCUAGGGUACAAUUGCGCAGAAGCCGUCAACUUUGCAUUGGAUUCCUGGUUGCCUAUGGGAAAGAUCGCCAAAAGAUGCGAAUGUGCUCAGGCUCAGGACAGUGUGUGGAUCGACGUGCAUGAGGUCGAGCGCAAGUUGCGCGGGGAAGAGACAGAUUACGAAGAGACAGAAGACGAAGAAGAGGAAGAGGACGAGGACGAUGAUGCCAACGCUGACAUACCAGCACCUCGAUCCUCUGCUGUCAAGUUCAAGCAGGUAUCUCGAAAACGGAAGCGAGCAGCCAACGACAAGGGUGAAAAGAAGGCGAAAAAGAUUCGUCUUCGCAUCAAGAGCCAAGUUGAACCCCCUUGUUGUCUUUGUCCCCACGAGAUACCCGGCCAAGCAUUACUGCCGACCGAUGACGGUCGCAAGGCCCACCGCCUAUGCGCUCUUUAUGGUGCGGAGACGUAUAUCGAGACAGUCGACGACCAAGAGAUCGUGGCAAAUGUGGCCAACAUCAGCAAGGCUCGUGCCGAACUCAAGUGCUUGUACUGUCGCUCCAAGAGAGGUGCAUGCUUCCAAUGCUCCCAGAAGAAGUGCGUCAGGUCCUACCAUGCCACUUGCGCUGCCGCCGCUGGAGUACUGGUUGAGGAGGCCGAGGUCCCGAUCUUUGGCGAAGAUGGGACUGAGUACAAAGAACAGGCAUUUGAAUUCAGCUGCCGUUUCCACAGAUCGAAACGUGACAGGAAACUGGAUGGAGAGGCACUGGAUGACUGCCAAAAGACCCGCAAAGCGGCUGCUGCUCUCAAGAAGGGCGAUAUCUGCCAACUGCAGUACUACCGAGGCGACAUCUUUGCCGGCGUCAUCGCGGAGAACAGGGCUGACGAACAAACAUUUCUCCUCGACAUCAUACCAAACGGGGACCGAGUCGAAGUGGAGUGGAAAUGGCUGCUGCUUCCUGACCCAGCCGACUUCCACUUGCAGAAGGCCUCAGCGAACGCUAUACCAAUGCCAACGUCGCGCAAGGCAAAGGAUCACAUCAACGCAACCAAGCGACGGACGGAAGAGUUGCCACGUGCUGAUGCGCCCUUCGUCGAGAACUUCACAUGGGCCGAGUUCAACCAUCACGACGUCAGUACUAACAAAGCACAGACGAAGAUUGACUUUUCCAAAGAGAACCAGAUUUGGUACUAUCUUGGGAGAUACUCAACGGAUGCACGACCCCAGUAUACGGAGGAUCCGAAGAAGACCAAGCACAAUCCAAAAAGCAACUUCUUGGACACUGUGCCGCGUCUUACUGCUCCUGUCCAGCCUCGAAAGCCGCAAGGGUCGACGUUCUCCGUACAUACUCCGAGCCCUGCAGUUCCAAAGACAGAGAAGCCGUACCAGUACAAGCCCAGGGAAUCUGCCUUGGCUGCUUCACCAUCGUAUCCUCCCUCUCCUUUCACUGCUCAGCAUUUUAUGCCCAAACCUUCUCCUUCUCCGUAUACUCCGCAGCAAUUCACCCCGAAGCUGUCUCCUUACAGCACCUUCCAACACCCACAGCAUGCCUUGACGCGGUACUCGUCCUACACUGCUGCUCCGCCAACGACGCCGAUGCCAGCUCCCUACGGUACCACCCAACAGUCACCGCAGAUGCACCAGACGCACCAACCACAUCAAACGUACCUCACGUACCCAAUGUACCAAACACAGCAGUCACAGUAUUCACACCAGGUACCGCAGCCACAUCAUACGCAACAGUCAUACAAUGUGCAACACCCCACUGUGCACCAAACCCAGCGGGUACAGCAGCCACAGCAAGCACAGCGUAUACCUCAGGUGCCGCAGUCACAACAACCACAGCGUAUACCUCAGGCGCAGCACACACCACAGGCAAGACAGGUACCACAAGCACUGCAACCGUCGCAGCUAUCGCAGUCUUCCCAUCCGGCAUCCUCGCCGGCUGCGCCUUCGCAUCGUACCGCACCUUCACAUACUGCGCCUUUGCAUGCCGUACCUUCGCCUGCCCCCUAUACUGCUCAGCCGGCUAUUACCAAACCUGCCCCUGCGACUAUACAGCCGCAUGUACCAAAGCCGGUUUCUCUACCGAGACCUACGCCUCCUCCGAUACAGACGCAGAAUGGUCACUCCAGGAAGAAGUCCUCGAUCAGCAGCCUCAACGGUCGACUCCCUCUUGGUUCCAGGCCACGCUUUGGAACGCCACCGGCCUCUUAUGGAUCUGGUCGGUUUGACUCUAAUGGCAAGUCGCCAUUCAGUCAGGGAUUCAUGCAGCCGCGCGGUCUUGGACCUUCUCCAUCGCCGCAGAACGGACAACGUUUCGAGGCGCAAGCGAGGGCAAGGUCGAGUUCUUUGGCAUCGAAUGGCAAUACCCCGAUGACCUCGUCUGCUAUCCGGCCCUCGACCUCGGCAUCUGCAUCUGCACAAGCAUUGGCAGGUCAGCUUCAGUCGGUGAUGUUACCGGCACCGAGUACGAACACGAGUAGAGAGCCGCGGCCCAGUGUCAUUCAGAAGUAUGCCUUUUUCCAGGUCCAUCACAACAGGGACUCUACCAAGUAUAGGACACCUUAUGCCUUCUGGGGUGGCUUUACAAACGGCUACGAGGGUAACCUCCGCGCUCACCUGCUGAGUACACCUGACGCUUUGUUCAGUAUGAGGAGACAAUCUAGUGGCUUCAAUGGUGGCACGACACCUGCGCUGUCCUCGAUUCCUCGACAGUCACUGAGCAAUGUGACAGCCACAAGUAGUUCCAUCAGCCCAGCCCCCAAGCCUGCGGCUCCCAGCGCCCCGCAGCAGCCAGCUGAAACGCCUAUGUCUGCUCAUGCUUCCCAAAGCCCGUAUGGAGCACCGGUGACGCCGUCUGCGAUGACACCCUCCGCGGGCACGACUCAGUCCGAUUGGCGCCGAGGGUCAACACACAGUGCCAGCUCCUUUGGUUUGGAUUCGGACCCGGUUGCCCAGCUGCAUCCAGCUAUUCGAGCUCAUUAUGCUGCAAUGCUCCAAAACAACUAUAUGCAAAUGUUGAAACAGGGCACAGCUGAUCAGACAAAGCCGGCAGCACAGGUGGCUCCUACGCGCCCGGUCGUCGCGUCUGCGCAAUCAACCCCGGCGCCACCAUCGGCACCGGCGACUCCCACAGAAUCCACGUCCUCCGUCUCCAUGGCAUCGGCGCCAAAGCCUGGAGCUUCGGCUGCGCGUAAGGUUACCCCUUCUGUGUCGACGACGCCAGUUCCUGUCCCGUCUAUACCAGCUACCUCUGCAACUGGACCACCCAAGCCAAAACAUCCAUCUGUCCCACCGAGACAAAGCUACGUACCUCCGCCUAGACCUUGGGAGACAAUGCAAAAAUUACAACAACCUGGCCAGCAGCCUGAUCAGCGGGCGAUAGCUCAACAGGCACCAUCACCCGCUUCGGUAGCCUCAGGUAGUUUCGGUACGACGCCAAACUCGCAGAGCCCGUCUGUUAAGAACGGACCUGAGCUGUCCAGGCACCUACCAAGUCCAGGGUACCAGUCCUAUAAUGUAAGCGGACCCUUCUGGCAGAAGUUUCCGCAGAUCAUGCCUAACAGCAACAGUUUCAACCAGCCAGCUUACAACGAGUUUCAGUACAGCAGCCAGAGCGAGCUUCCGUACAGUCACCACAGUCAGCUUCCGUACAGUCACCACAGCCAGCUGCCGAAUCAACUGUUCUACAGCAGUCAACACCAGCUCCCGCGCUACAGUCCUCCGGCUCCUGGGCCGUACAGCAAUCGCAACCACGUACUGGACACUCGGCACAGCCAGCUUUCGCACAAUCAUGGCAGUCCGAUGGCAUACAGCAGCCAGAAUCAGCUGCCGUAUCUCAAUACCUACCAAGCUUCACCCCCGAAUACCUAUCCGCCGCCCAACGUUAUUCACAGCCCAUCCCAAUAUCACUUUCAGAGAUGA